UACCUUGCCGGGCCUCUCAGGGCCAGUCAGCGUCUGACCACGUCGCCGAGAGCAUCCUUCCGUUAGCCGCACGCACGGUGCCGCUGGUUCUCCAACGCACGUACCAUCAUGCCGAAUUGUCCCAAGUGCAACAAGCCCGUGUACUUUGCCGAGAGGAAGACAUCCUUAGGCAAAGAUUGGCACGGUUCGUGUUUACGCUGCGAGAAAUGCAAUAAGACCCUAACACCCGGGGGUCAUGCCGAGCACGAAGGGAAACCCUAUUGCAAUCAUCCUUGCUAUGCAGCCCUGUUCGGUCCAGGAGGUUUUGGACGCGGCGGUGCCGAGAGUUACGUUUACAACAAGUAGAGUAGAAAUGUCUAAAACUUAAUCUACUUAAGUUAAGCGACUCGAGACAUAAGAUGUACGGUUAUUAUUAAAAUAUACAUACGAUAAUCAUAAUUCGACUAUGUUUAUGUGCAUACGUAAAUGUUUUUUAUAAAAUGUUUCAGUAAUAUAUCACGUUAUUAAAUAUAAAAGAAUGCAAUGUCAUAUUGGAAAAAUAAUUUCAUCAUUUAUAAUUUCUAAAGGAUAAAGGAUUUAUUUAUAAUUUAUAAUUUCUCAUUAUGGCAUUUUAUUUUCUUCAAGUUUUUAUCUUUCUCACGAACCUUGCAAUCAAAAUGUUAUUACACUUGUAUCUAUGUAUAUUUCUCCUUACGGAUUUAUCUUUAACAUUAAUGAUUGUCAAUAAUUAUAAGAAGUUAAAUAUUCGCAAACGUUAUAAAAGCAAUUAUCAAAGUGACCGUAAUGUAACUUAGUUUUCUAAAUAAAAACGUGAAAAUAAAUGU